GCAAAUCCAAAAGAUAUAGUAGCAGUGCAUUGCACACAUGGCUUCAACAGGACCGGUUUCCUGAUAGCCGCAUAUCUUGCUUCGGCCAUGGAUUGGGCAAUUGAUGCGGCCAUACAUUCAUUUGCUCAAAUGCGACCGCACGGCAUCUACAAGCAAUUCUAUUUGGAUGAGCUGGUAAAAAGAUAUGGUGAUAGCGAUGACCGGAUUCAGGCAAAUCCAAAAGAUAUAGUAGCAGUGCAUUGCACACACGGCUUCAACAGGACCGGUUUCCUGAUAGCCGCAUAUCUUGCUUCGGCCAUGGAUUGGGCAAUUGAUGCGGCCAUACAUUCAUUUGCUCAAAUGCGACCGCACGGCAUCUACAAGCAAUUCUAUUUGGAUGAGCUGGUAAAAAGAUAUGGUGAUAGCGAUGAUCGGAUUCAGGCCCCACCACGGCCGGCUUGGGAAAAUGGUCCGCUUUUGGGAGUGGACAACGGCAUUAACGGUGGCGGUGGACAAACAAGUACAAGCAAACUUGGCGUUCAAAAUGGUGAGCCGAAAUUUAUGGAUGGAGCAGUGACAGGCGUGGUUUAUGUCAGUGAUUUGACGACAAGGGGAUUUUUGCAAAAUAAAAUUCGAGAAAUGUGUGGUUGUAAAAGGAAUGGAUUUCCCGGCAGUCAACCGGUAUCUAUGGAACGAUCGCCUGAAAGAGAUAAUCUGUGUUUCCUGGAGAAAAAUGAAUAUAUGGUUUCUUGGAAAGCUGAUGGAGUUAGGUGA